GGUCAUUAUUCUUCUCCACUUCUACUUCUUCUACUACCACUACUUUGCAACUGCAAGAGAAUCUAAUCAAGUCUUAAAAAUCCACUCUCUAGCUUUUUCACUCCCUCCCCUAUUUAUAUCCAUCCAUCUUUUCUCUCAUCUUUCAUCAAACUCUAAGACAAGCAACUAGUUAUCGUUUUUCCAACAACAACUAUAUAUAUACAUACCAAUUUUCUUUUGUUCUAAACUGUUUUUGCUACUUAUAUCCUUUCUAUAGUAUCCUUAUUUUCAUCAUCAUCAAAUGGAUAGAUUACCUAAAUGUGCUGCAAACUAUACCCCUCUUACUCCUCUAUCAUUCUUGCCAAGAGCUGCAUCAGUUUAUCCUGAUCGUCUCUCUAUCAUUUAUGGUCGUACCCAUUUUAAUUGGGGACAAACUUACGAACGAUGCCUCCGCCUUGCUUCAUCUCUCCGGUCACUAAAUAUUGGCAAGAAUGAUGUGGUAUCAGUACUAGCACCAAAUGUUCCAGCUCUUUAUGAGAUGCAUUUCGGUGUACCCAUGGCUGGAGCUGUAUUGAAUGCAAUAAAUACAAGGCUUGAUGCGAACAAUAUUGCAACAAUCCUCAAGCACUCGGAAGCCAAAGUAUUUUUUGUCGAUUAUCAGUAUGUUCCAGUGGCAAGUGAAGCAAUGAAACUACUUUGUGACUCACUUGGAAGUACAAUCUCUCAAUCCUCGAUACCACUUGUUAUCGUGAUUGAUGAUGUUGAUUCGCCAAAAGGAAUACGAUUAGGGGAGCUUGAAUAUGAAAAUUUGUUGCUAAGUGGAAACCCUAAUUAUGUACCAUUUAGUGAUCAGAUAUUGGAUGAAUGGGAUCCAAUAACGCUGAAUUAUACUUCGGGGACCACGUCCGCACCAAAAGGAGUCGUGUAUAGUCAUCGAGGUUCUUACCUGAGUACGAAAAGUCUAAUUUUACAGUGGGAGAUGAAAAGUGAGCCAGUUUAUCUUUGGUCGCUUCCUAUGUUUCAUUGUAAUGGAUGGACUUUCACUUGGGGAGUUGCAGCACGAGGAGGAACUAAUGUUUGCAUCCGUAACACUUGCGCUGAAGACAUGUACCAUGCCAUCACAGUACAUAAAAUUACACAUAUGUGUUGUGCUCCAAUCGUAUUCAAUAUUCUCUUAGAAGGGAAACCAAAUCCUCCUCAUCAUCAUAAUAACCAGUCACUCAUAAGCCAUCCUGUUGAAGUUCUCACAGGAGGUGCACCACCGCCAGCAGCCUUAUUAGAGAAGAUUGAAGAAUUAGGGUUUCAUGUAACGCAUGCUUAUGGUCUAACUGAAGCAACAGGACCAGCGUUAGUUUGUGAGUGGCAAACAAAAUGGAACGCAUUACCAAAUCAUGAGCAGUCAAAGUUGAAAGCAAGACAAGGUGUUAGUGUUCUUUCUCUUGCGGAGAUUGAUGUCAAAGAUUUGGAAACAAUGGUGAGUGUGCCCAGAGACGGAAAAUCGGUCGGAGAAAUCGUUUUACGGGGAAGUAGUAUAAUGAAAGGUUAUUUCAAAGAUGAAGAAGCAACACGGAAGGCUUUCAAAAAUGGCUGGUUUCUCACCGGUGAUGUUGGUGUUAUACAUCCGGAUGGGUAUUUCGAAAUUAAAGAUAGAUCAAAAGAUGUGAUCAUUUCAGGGGGAGAAAAUAUCAGUAGUGUCGAAGUGGAGGCGGUAUUAUAUCGACAUACUAAUAUCUUAGAAGCUGCUGUUGUUGCAAUGCCUCAUCAUUUCUUCGGUGAAACUCCUUGUGCUUUUGUUACACUGAGAUCAAAAUCUGUUCCCAAGAACGAAGACACCAAGAAAGAGCGAGAGAUUAUUGAAUUUUGUAGAAAAUCUCUUCCUCAUUUUAUGGCUCCUAAAAAGGUUGUGUUCUUGGAGGAACUCCCGAAGACGGCGACAGGAAAAAUUCAGAAGUUUGAAUUGAGGGCUUUGGCGAAAACAUACAGAUCACCACCUACAUCCUCAUCAAAACCACCUACAUCCUCAUCAACACCACCUACAUCCUCAUCAACACCGCAGGUUAAGAGUAUCAAUCAACACACAACGACUCGGCGCCCUUAUGUACCUGAUCAUCAACAUCCUCAGCUUGAGCAAGUCCUCGCAAUGUCUCGUCUCUAAUCACUUUGUUUAUUCUUUAAGUUGAAGAAGCUAAGAAUUACUAAGCAACUAUGCACCAUUAAUCAUAAACAAUGUAUCCGUGCAAAUUGAAUUGCAUAAUGCAUUUUAUACUUAUAUGUACCGAUUCAAUUAUAAUUUAUAUAUCUUACUUUUGGUGUGAUCAAUCAAAAAUACGCAAACCA